CGCGGAGGGGCGGGGCGAGGGGCGCGUUGGCGGGCGAGCUCCAAGAUGGCGGCGGAAGGCGCCGCGGAGGCCGGGAGCGGCCGCGCCUCGGGGGACAUCGCGGCGCUGGUGGCGGCGGCGGAGUCGGUGGCGGCGGGCUGGGUGCUGGAACUGAGCUGCUGCUGCCUGUGCCGGCACUUCGCGGAGGGCCGCGCCGCCGAGUUCAGGCGGUGGAGGGCCGUGGCGCAAGCUGUUAUUAAUGGCUUCUCCAAAAUAGCUACACAUCAGAAAAAAAUGGUGUACCUCUGUCAGCUUUUGAUAAGAAUUGCAGAUGGAAAAAGACUUGAAUGCAAUUUUGAAAAGGAUCCAAGAAUUUCACCUUUGGAAUCUGCUCUGUCUUUUUGGACUUCACUUGAGAGGGAAGAAAGUAAACUUGAUAAGCUUCAUGAAGAUAUUCGUCGCUUGAUUCAAAUUCAGGUUGUAGCGGUCCAUAUGGAAAAAGGAUAUUUUAAGGAGGCUGCUGAAGUUCUUGAAAGGCUGUUUGCAGACUCAGAAUCAGAUAAGCCUUUAAGGGUGAAGCUGGCAACCGUAAUCAAAAGCAAGGAUCCAUAUAUUCCCCUUCUCCAAAGCUUCAAUUAUGAUCUUUUGAUAAGUAAAGUCAAGUCUUACAUCGAACGUUUCAUGAAAGAAAAUGAAAAAAACUUCUUACUACAGGCAGCCAUGGAGCAGGUAGAGUCUAAAGGACUAGAAGCAGUAGUGCUGCAGAACAUAACUGUGAAUGCCAAUGAAGAGGAAGAAAAUAAUUUGGAAACAACACAAAGAUUUACAGAAGAGCAACCGAGUACUACAAAUCAGUUACCUGAAGAUGCAACAAAAUCCAUUAUAAGGCUUCGUUCAAAGAGGAAAUGCAGAGCAAGUAAUGUUCUUCAGAGUCUGAACAGCUUGCAAAAUGUGGAAGAACUUGGAGAUACUCGGACUUGUGGCCGAAGAAGACAGCCAUGGACUCUUGAAGAAGACAAGAAACUGAAAUCAGGAGUAAGGGAGUUUGGAGUGGGCAAUUGGGCUAAAAUUCUGGUCCACGGUGACUUCAACAACCGAACUAGCGUCAUGUUAAAAGACCGGUGGAGAACACUGUCCAAGAUCAAAUAAUACUAAUUUGGGUAACAGGAAUCAACUCUUCUUGAGCUUUCCCUACAUAAAGAUCUAGUUCAGCUUUUCAGAAUAACUUAUUUGAGACUAAUCCGAGUCUCCAGCAAUGUUGCUGCCCUAAAACAUGAAACAGAUGUAAUAAUGACUUAAAUAUAUAAAGCCUGGUCUUCUAUCUACGUGAGAGAGGUGAUUAAUUUCUGCAAUGUGAAAAUGCUUACAGUGAUUAUGAAAGGUUAAUUACAUACACAGGAGUCUUAAGUAACUGGCAACGUAUUAGCUUGAUAGAGGCUUUUAAUAAAGAGUCAAGUGUUCUGUAGUUUUUAAAGGGUUGUAUCUGUAAUCAGAUGGAGCUCUUUAUCAUUUUAGUUUCUACUGUAGUCGUUCCAAUCUGAUUUCACCUCACUUUGAAAUUUUGGUCAGACUUGUCAUCUCUGUCAGUAAGUCAUACCAAAAAAUACGUAUGUAUUGUUAUUGCUAAUGUUUCUGGUUAAAAAUAUAGUGCCCCAUGUAAGUUUAUGUUUAUAAAUAUUAAAGGUGCUCUGUAUGAAUCAGAGGGCACGCUGGGGUAUUUUUUUUUUUUAAGAAUUAAGCUUAAGUUCUAGGAGAAAGAUUAUUUUGAAAUUAUUUAUGUUGCCAUAAUAGCAGUUACUAUCUUGCAGAAGAGAAUGGAAAAGAUAGGGAAGUAACAGCACAAUACUAGCUCUUAACUUCUCUUGACUAUCUUGUGCUACCUACCCUGUCUUGAGAAGUGGCAUUCUUCUGGACCAGCAGAAAAGGGGAAGCUCCUUUCCUGGAAAGCCAAAGCGGGACUCUGUUCUGGUACUGAGCACAGCCCAUGAAACAGGUUUCAUCUACACUUUGCAGUGCUAGCAGGCACAGAUACCUUCUGAUGGGUAGCUGCCUGCAUCAGGGUGUCAGUUGGUUACUGUAAUUGUCCUGCUCAUAAGAGACUGUAAGAGACAGGUGGUGGUGCUACGCUGCCUCUCUUGCUUCAGAUUGUAUGGAAAAGAAUUCCAGGACCUCAGAAAAUACACAAACACACACUUUCCACUGUCAUACCAGUGUGAAUCUAUAACUUACAUAUCACAGCAUUCUUUUAAAAGUGGAAUCUCUUAAAUUCAGGUGUUUUCUGGGAUGUUGUCCUUGGAGAAGUUUUUUAUUUUUAUUUUACAAGAACCUUUCAAGGAAAAGCAUCCAUCUAAACUGGUCAUAAUGAAAUAAAAUUCUCAGAGGUAUUCUUUCUGGUUACAAAAGAAGAAAUAUAUUCUUCAGGGCAGAAAUGUUUAUGAAGUAUUCAGAUCAUCUCUGCACUUUCUGUCUUGGAGGCCUGUUUGCAUUACGAUUAAAUGGUUAAGUAUCAUUAGAAAGGUUUGUGUCCUACUCUUGAAUGUGGACAGGACCUCAGACAGAUCACCUUCCUAAUUCUUGCCAACAGAUGCUCAGGUUUCUUUUUGCAGCUGUGGCACGCAAUUGCCUGUAGGUUCCACAGAGAUACUGCGUGCCUUAACAGUAAAUUUCUCAACCUUAAGGCAUCGUUUCUUUUUAGGACACAUGGUGAAUUUCAGAAGCUUGAUAAAAUACAGAUUAUGCACUUCAGCAAGGAAUGUUAGAGCAGCUGUAAGCCAACGAUUCAAAACAAAAACAAACAUAGCAGGUGUGUGACAAGUGAGACCUGCAGUAUGCAGUCUCUUCAAUGGCUCUAACAAUAAUUCAACACAAAUAAUAGGUAUCAAAACAAGGAUUUGAGCUAUGUGCGUAGCAUCCUUGCCUAUGUUCUAAUAUUGUAGGUUUCUGUGUUGAUCAGUGUACAUGAGCAAGUUUAACUACUAAUAAGUGAUUUUUUGGCUUUUAGCCAAGGCUUUAGUCGUGACUGCUUAUUCCUAGAUGCAAGAUUAAUUAAUUUUUUUUUAGUUGCAGCAAGCUAAUUACUGUAGCAAAAUCCUAGUCAAGGCAGCUUAAAUAAAUUACCAUUCAUUAAGGAAAUGGGUCUUUUCAAGAUUGUUUGUUUCUUUGCAGAAGUCUUGUUUACAUUUGUCUGCCGUAAAAUUCACUUUGUAUAUUAGUGAUAUUUCUAUGAGGGUGGCUGAACAUGGAAACUGCAAUGUAGACAAAAAAUACUUACCCACUUGUAGUAUAAACAGCUGUCUAGAUGAUAUUGGGAAGGAACAAAGGAUCUAAACUGAAGUCUGGUUUUAGCUCUCAAACUUUCAUUUUUAUUCACCCUUACAAUUUAAUGAUGAUAGUAACCAUUCCCAGAGUUGAGAACAUUUGGCUGGCUCACUACUGAGUAGGAUCAGUGCCCGUGAACAGAACUAUAGCCUGUAAAGAAUGAGAACCUUAGAAAAAGAAACUACUAUGGUUACAAACAUUAGCUCUUUAAUUACAAACAGAAACAUAGGAAUUUGCUUAUAGCAUUCUAAUACAAAGAUCAGUCUUAGCAUUUUGUAUUCAGGCAAAGAGAUUUGCCCAAAAUACUUCUUCCAAAAGUUUGACUCCUUUAAAGUUCAUUUAGGCUCCACAAAAUACAGCAGAAAGAUGCAGGUUUCCUGGCAUUGGUGUUAAUUUUCUCAUUUUUUGUUGUUGCUGUUUUAAAGGUCUUCUAAACUUUUACGUAAAAAUAAAGCUAUGCACAAGGGGACAUGAACACUGUUCCAGUUGCCGAAUCUUCUUCCAGGUUCCUUGGCACCGAGAGUUGCCAACUGCUUCCCAGCGUAAGAUUUUACCUCUGAAAUGUGAUAAGUGAGAAAUUAAAAAUUAAUGUGUUUACAAACAAAAAAAAUGUAUAUUUCAUGUUAGUAGGUUGUGUUCUAUAAUGUCAUUGGAGAGAAGAGAAGAUUAGAUUUGCUUAACAAUGUAAUACUUUAAUUAGCUCGUCUUAGUCUUAAAAUGCUUUUGUUUAUUAUACUUGCAGGCAUUCUAGAGCAAGUGCUAUGUUCCUACAUAGAGUACACAGGAUAAUGGGUUGAGUAAACGGUCGCAUAGGUAUUACAUAGCAUGCGUCUUAAUAAGUGUAUAGAUAUAUGGAGAUAUGUAUUAAAUAUAUAGACUAAGUAAAAAUGUUACAAAUAUUAAAUGUCUUCUUUCAAUACUAGCGUUCUAGAAACAAGAUGUAUAGUUCAAACCUGAAAUCAGAUUUGGAUUAUGGCAGAAAGCAGACUUUUUAAGUACCAGCGCCCAUAGCUGUAAAAAGACUUCUUGCACUACAGAAGUUUCAUUGUCCCUUUACAAUAGUAAAUAAAGCAUUCACACUGAACCUUAUAUUGCAGUUAUUUACCAAUUUUAUCUGGAUGUAGUACUAGUGGUUAAAACAUCAGUAUUUAAAAAUUUUGUAAAGUUUUACACAGCAAUUUUUGUGAAAACUGGAAUCUUCUGAGCUCUGCAAGUGAUAUGAGCUGUUUCAAUUUUUUAGGUAUAACAAACACAGCUUUUAAUGAGAUCUUAAGAUAUCUCAAGUUCUGUACUGGGUUUUGGUACAGAAGAGACAGGAAAAAAAUAAAAGGUUGUCUCUACCCAUCUGCAUUAUGGCCAUCUCCAGAACAACGAUGAGUGUCAGUGUUCAUAGCUGGAGGCUGGCAAGCUACGCAUACAGUAUGACCUUCUCGCAGGUACUGCAUCCAUCGAGCAUACGGCCGAUUCUCCAAAGCACAGUAGUGUGAAAGUGAUUCAGUUUUAAAUUCCACACAGUAACUGCUCAGAAAGAAAGGGAUUAAAUUAGCUGUGAUAGCUAAAGCACAAGCUAGAUAGAAACUUUAAAUGUACUUAUGUAUCAUACAGGUGGUAUUUGUGAAGUGCAGGUUAGACAUCCUCAUUGCUAAAAAAAAAAAAAAAGUCUGUUUCUGACCCUAACCUAAGUAAUGGAAUCUUUAAAACAUUAAGCAAAUUGUUUCUCACAUUCCAUGCCACAGUCCAGUGCUUUAUGUAUUAUCUCACUUUCUGGUUGUGUUCUGUAUUCUUAAAUUAUGUUGAAAAAGAGAUCUUAAUAACCCGUAUUUUUUUCUCCUAUGAAUGCUAAAAGAGAAAAUGGGAGAGAAGGUUUAAGAAUACCUAUAAGCUUUAUUGUUCUGGGGAGAGCAGCAUGGGACAAAGCAUUAUGAGCAUUACAGAACCAGUGAUAACCAUCUCUACUGGUAACCAAGAGAGAUUUUUAUUGCUUUUCAUGUCAAUGUUAAAAACAAGCUCUUGAGACCGAUUGCAUCCAGCCUGUUUUGUUUGUUCAGAGAUCUAAGUCUAAUUUCUCAGGCUUACACUUAUGGAUAUAGUGAGUUUGGAUUUAGCCUUAUUUACCAUUUCCUUUCAAAAGCAUCCAUCCUCAAAUUUGCCAUGACCCCAAUACCUAAUUCAGGACAAUUAACAAGUAACAAAAAACAUCCAGAAAAUGCAAAUGAACUGCAGGAGAGAAAAACAGUACAAGCUGUAGCUUGUUGAAUUAUGGCAAAUUUAAUUAUAUUUUUCUUUGUAGCCAGCUAUUUUUCUUUGUCUAUGGAACAAGAUGACCCACAUGCAUAUAUGAUAAAUAGAUUACCCAGUUUCUUCUUUGUCUGAGGACCAGGCAGAAGAUGCUGCUCGUCGUUUUCUUUCUUUACCAUAUUCAGAGGUAGUUAUGAAAGCAGGGACUGAGGAAGAAAACAGUAAGGCAGCAAGACACAGCUGAGUCAUAUUUCAACUACUGUAACAGUGGGUAAAUGAAUCAGAGCUUGUGGAUGGUGAUGCUGUCUGGCUUUAUUGAAAAAGUGAUAAAGUGUUGGCAACAUCAGGCUUCGACCUCCUUCCCUCCCUACUGCUAAAUUCUCUCCAUAUUAAGAAGAAAUAUAUCUAGUAAUGACUACCAUCUAGUCCAUGAGGAAAUAGGAUGGGCUGGAACCCUACAAUGACUGUUUCCUGUUUUGUACCAAAUUUAUGUUCUAACUUUGCACAGAGAUAAAUUGAUACUUACUGCGGGGCUUAAGAAACUGAAGGAAUGUGUACAGCUUAGUUGUUUACUUAACAGAAAUGAAUCAAGAAUGAGCAGCAAAUGACAGUAGAAAAUACGGUUUUAAAUUUUAUUUUUAACCAAAUAGCUGCAGAUUGUUUUUUUUUCUGUGCAUUCACUUCAGUGAAAACCAUGAAGGCUCUGAGGGGGAGGUGUCCAGAUAAAGCAAAGAGAGAAUACCGUGUUCGUGUCCGCAGUCCUGUCCCUGGUGAGUCAGGUAUUCCAGGCAGCCAGCCUUCUCCUCCAGAGGAGGACAAGGUUCCCCACCGUUUUUAGGUUCCUGUUGUAUGUAGCGCCUACGUAGUCGUAGGUUGGGUUUGCACUGCUCUGCACAGCCACUCCAGUGACUCCACUCCCCGACAACGCAUGGAAGAGCUGAAAAGCAGUAUUGAAACAUUACGAGUAAAAAGACUUCUGUUUUAUCCUAAGUGCUCUCAAAAGCUUAAGUAAUAAGACCAUGCCUGUUUUCUUUUUUUUUUCUUUUUUACUUGCAAUUUUGAUUUUGUUUAGUCUCAAAGCAAUGCGGGGCUGUUUGUAGGGUUGCAUUUGUGUGUUUGUAUAGAUAGAGUUGUAGAUAUUUAAAUGUACUAAAUAAAGCGUUUAAAAGUGUAA